AUGUCGUCUAACAAACCAAAAAGUUACCUUUUGUUUCGUGAUGCUUUUUUGAGUUGUCAUAAGAAUUUAACAAAACAAAAUGCAUAUGAACUGCUGAAUGUCGAAUGGAAUAAAAUAAAAAAAGAUGAAGAAUUAAUUCAAAAGCAAAUUGAAGAAUAUUCCACGAAACAAAAACUUGAUUCAGCAAAAAAUACUUUAUUAAUCUGGACAAAUAAUUAUAAUAUUAAUUCAUGUACACAAUCUGAUGUUGUUGCUCGUGAUGAUUGUACAUUAUCUUCUAUUCCAACAACAAAUACUACUUCAACAGCAAAUAUUACCACAACAACAAAUACCACUACAACAACUGAUACUAGUACUACAAUUCAUCCUACUAAACGUGUUUCAUGUGUUGCACAAGAAAAAGUAUCUAAUGAAUUAGCUGGUGUUAAUGAACGUAUUACAGCACUUGUUCAACUUAAACAAACAGGUCUAUCAACAGCUGAAAAUGAAAAACAAUUGAAGAUUUUACUUAAACAGAAGAAAUCAACAUCAUCUCAACUCAAACGUCUUCGAAAUCAUGCUAUUGCUCAAAAACGUUUACGUCGUCCUUCAAUUGAUGAUACAUGUCCAGAUUUACUUGCUACAAUUGAAGAAAUUGCUAUCCUCAAUGGAGCUGCUGAUGAUCGACGAAGAACUGAAACUGUUCGACCUUGUUUAACUCUUGAUGAUCUUCGUGAAACAUUAAAAAUGAAAGGUUAUGAAAUUAAAAGAUCUACUUUAUAUUAUCGUCUUUUACCUCGUCGUGCACUCUCUCAUGAUGGAAAAAAACAUGUUCAUACAGUGAAUGUGCGUCUUCAAAAAGCACAUAAUAAUCUUCAUAGUAAACAUGAAGAUGGUCAUUUUGCUGCAGCAGCAAUUCGAUUUGCAAAAGACUUGGCUUCUUUGUUUGGAAAUGACUCUGUUUUUUUUCUUUCACAAGAUGACAAGUGUAAAGUACCUAUCGGUUUACCAGCUGCCAAGAAACAGGCACCUUUACUGAUGCACCUUGACUAUGUUAUUCAACUACCUGAUCACGAUUUUGUUGUAGCACCCCGUCAUCAAUUAACUCCAAGCGUCUAUGCUGCACGUGUGAUCAAUGCUGCAGGAGAUGUUGGCUAUUCAGGUCCAACAUAUAUUGCAAUUCGUUCAGCUAAACAUGAUAAAAGUAUUUCAGCUAAUCAUCGAGAUGAUUUUGGUCGUUUGGUCAAAUUACAAGAAUUUAAAAAUGUUGCACUUGACUCUUCGAAUAAAGUUAAAUCAAUUGUUAUUAUUACUGUUGAUGGUGGACCCGAUGAAAAUCCUCGUUUUUCAAAAACACUUGCAUCAUCUAUUGAUAUUUUUAAAGUUCAUGAUCUUGAUGCUUUAUUUGUACUUGCUCAUGCACCUGGUCAAUCAGCAUUUAAUGCCGUUGAGCGUCGUAUGGCAUCACUUUCACAUGAUUUAGCUGACUUAAUUUUACCUCAUGAUCAUUUUGGUACUCAUCUUAAUGCCAACGGCAGUACAAUUGAUUUUGUAUUGGAAAAACAAAAUUUUCAGAAAGCUGGUGAAGUACUUGCUGAAGUUUGGUCUAAUACAGUUAUUGAUUCUUAUCCGGUGGUGGCUUCUUAUGUGAGUUCAUCUUUUAUAUCUCAAACAUCUUCAUAUAUUGAUGAACAUUGGUGUGAUCGUCAUGUUGUACAAUCACAAUAUACAUUACAAAUUGUUCGUUGUAAUUCACAAGAUUGUUGUGGUGAGUGGAGGUCAAAUUUUUAUAAAAUAUUUACUCAACGUUUUUUACCACCACCUGUUCCACUGGCAAGAAGCUCAUUCGGUCUUGUUAUUGCUGCAAACGAUUUUGAACCUGGAAUAUUUUAUGGUUCAUUAUUUCAACGUUUGCAAUUAAAUUAUUUUAUCUGUGAAGAAAUUGGAUGUGAUAGUAUUCCAUUUGAUUUCUUUUGUACCACAAUCAAAAACUCACUUGCAAAACGAACAUGUAAAAAAUGUAAAAAAUAUUUUCCUACUAUAGAACGAAUGAAAAAUCAUUCGAAAAUACAUAAGUUAUCGAAGGUGGUGAUUGAUACUCAAACCCUAUCCAAUGAUGAAGAUGACAAUGAACAAAAUGAACCAACACCACAAUCAACUAAUAUAUCAUCAGAAACUAACAUGACAAACAUUUGCAUUAUACAUGAUCUUGCUCAAUGGUUGAAACCAACAUUCGAAGAAAUUUAG